AUGUCUCGCGCCUCUAAGGUUACACUUGCGUCCACACUUGCAGGCGCAAUCGGUAUUGUUGUAUUCGUCCACUUUUCGCAACGCGCUGAAAAAGCUCAAAUGCACGCUGGUGUGAUUCGAGACUAUGAACAGCAACGAGUGAAGCGCGAACGCCAAGCCGACUUCGAAAUGCAACAAGCACUGGAGAAGGAAUACCGAAAAGUGCAAACAGUUUCGGAUGGUGGCGGACCUGAAGCGCAGCAAGGCAAUGGCAGCAGAAGUCGAUAACCAUGCGUCCAGGACCAAACACCCACCGCACCGCCCCGGAAAAUCCCCAGCUGAGACGGGAAAGCACCCUUUCGCACGGGAGCAUUUGAAACUUACGAGCACGGGUCAAAGGGUAGCGCCUUGUCUGCGACAAAAGGGGGGGUGUAGCAUUGGAAUUCGCCGUGCACAC